AUGUCUACACGCCCCAGUUCCAUCAGUACAGAGAAGAAGGAGGGGAGCCCUGGUGGCGAACAGACUCAUGUCUCUAUAGGAGAAGUGAUGCAAGGGUCUGCCGUGGAGGAGCUCACGAUCUUCGAGCGGAAGGCUGCAUUGAUUAAUGCGGAAAUCGAUAAAUUAGGCUUUGGAAAAUACCAAUGGUGCAUUUGGUUACUAUGUGGUUUUGGAUACUUCCUUGACUUGGCUUGGUCCCAGGGUGUCGGGCUCUUGUCUACAGCUAUCUUCCAGGAGAUGAACGUCCCUGCCGACAAGCAGGGACUAAUCUUUACAUGCGGUAAUGCUGGACUUGCCGUCGGGGCCUUCUCAUUCGGCAUCAUUACGGAUAUUAUUGGCCGUAAAUGGGCGUUUAACAUAACAUGUCUGAUCACAUCGGUGUUCGGUAUGCUCAUGGCCGCGAGCAAAACUAGCUACGGAGCAGUUUGUGGAAUUUACUUUCUCUCCUGCAUUGGCCUUGGUGGGAAUAUCCCGAUCGAUGCGACCAUCGCCCUGGAGUUCUUACCACAGAACCGGCGCUACCUUGUCUCUCUUUUGGGGAUGUGGCAGCCAAUCGGUGUCGUGAUCGCUUCCGCCAUCUCCUACGGCACAGCUGCUAAAUACCGGUGCAGCGUGAAGUUGCCUGCCUGCGCCGCAGCCAAAGCAGGCGAGCCUUGCUGUUCUCUCUCUAGCAACAUGGGAUGGAGAUAUGAGGUUAUCAUCAUCGGAGCCAUGACGUUGUUCAUUUUUGGUAUUCGAUUUCUCGUCUUCCGAUUUUACGAGUCUCCUAAGUUUCUUCUCAGCCGAGGCAGAGAGCAGGAGGCAAUUGACAUCCUCCACAAAAUUGCCAAGUUCAAUGGCGCCGAAGCGCCUACUUUGACCAUGGAUGAUUUCUACCAGACUGACCCAGAAAUUUAUCAUCAGAGAAAUGAGGAUGGCGCCGACGUCAAGACCGUGGUGGUUCGUAUGGUCAAAAACCUGGGCUAUCUUCGGGGCCUCUUCGCCAAGAAGCUCCAGUGCUUCACAUUCUUCAUUCUUGCGGUCGCCUAUAUGGGAAACUACUGGUCCUUCAACUUGGCUGGAUAUUUCUUGCCGAUCGUCCUGCUAGACAAUAACGUGGACAGUGGGGCCAACAGUGUCAGUGAGACCUAUCGCGAAUACGUGUAUAUCUACCUCCCGGGUGUCAUUGGAUCCAUUUUGGCGCUUUUCUCCGUCCAGAUGCCUCUACUUGGCAGAAAGUGGUCUUUGGUCAUUUCCGCUGCCUUGCAGGGCGUCUCUAUGGCCAUGUAUACGCAAGUCAAGAACACGGCUGGGUAUGUCGGUCUGAAUGCUCUGGAAUAUAUCAUGCAAAGCUACUUUAAUUCGAUUCUCUACUCUGCUGCGCCCGAGGUCUUCGGCACUACCUACCGAGCCAGUGCCAGUGGCAUGUUGUCCUGCCUGGGCCGGAUCGCCAGUAUAGUUGCACCUUUUGCAGGUCAGCAGUAUAUUGCAGAGGGGAGAGCUGGAGUGCUCUGGCUCGGAGCUGGCGGUAUCUGGGUCUCCGCUUUGUUCUUGUGUUUCCUUCCUAUUGAGAUGCGGAACCGCCAGAUGUACUAA